AUGUCGACAACAGCUGGCGCCUUCCUAGCGGGCGGUAUCGCCGCCUGCGGAGCCGUGACGGCGACGCACCCCUUCGAGACAGUCAAAAUCCGCAUGCAGCUGCAGGGCGAACUACAAGACAAGGGCCACCAACCGCACCACUACCGAGGACCUGUCCAUGGUGUUUCGGUCAUCGUGAGGAACGAGGGGCUGCGCGGCAUCUACCGCGGUAUCGGGUGCGCCUACAUCUACCAAGUGCUGCUCAACGGCUGCCGGCUCGGCUUCUACGAACCCAUGCGCCACGGCCUGUCGACCCUCAUCUUCAAGGAUGGCAACAAGCAGAGUCUGGGUAUCAACAUGUUCUGCGGCGCCGGGUCGGGCAUCAUGGGCGCUGCCGCAGGGAGCCCGUUCUUCCUGGUCAAGACGCGGCUACAGAGUUACUCGCCUUUCUUGCCGGUCGGCACACAGCAUCGGUACCGGAAUGCGUGGGACGGUAUGAGCCAGAUCUUCCGGACCGAGGGCGUGCGCGGCCUGUACCGCGGCGUAGGAGCGGCCAUGAUCAGGACGGGUUUCGGGAGUUCCGUGCAGCUCCCCACAUACUUCUUUGCAAAGCGCCGGUUAAUGCGGCACCUGGGCAUGGAGGAAGGCGCCCCUCUCCAUCUGGCCAGCAGUACGGCGAGCGGCUUCGUCGUCUGUGUGGUGAUGCACCCCCCGGAUACGAUCAUGUCCCGGAUGUACAACCAGAAUGGCAACCUUUACAAGGGCGUUUUUGAUUGCCUAGGAAAGACCAUACGGGCCGAGGGUUUCUUCGCCAUUUACAAGGGCUUCCUGCCUCACCUGGCUAGAAUCCUACCGCAUACGAUCCUCACGCUCACCUUGGCGGAGCAAACCAACAAGCUCGUCAAGAAGCUCGAGGGCCGGCUUUUGCCCAGCGCCGCGCUGAAGACAGUAUAA